GGAAGAGAGAAAGAGAGAAAGAGAGAAAGAAGCAGUAACACGCAGCAGGACAGAACAGAGUUUUUGUUUUUGAAAACAAAGCAGAGAAAGAGAAAGCGGUUCUUCUCGAAAGUUGUGGAAUUUCAAAAACUAUGGGAGAUGUCAUCAUAUACGUUGAGGAAGAGGAUUUCAAAUUAUGCUCCUCGUCGUUUUCAGUCUGUAGGAUUUGCCAUGAGGAAGAUUUUGGAAGCUCCAAGAACUUGGAAUCUCCUUGUGCUUGCUCUGGAACUGUCAAGUUUGCGCACAGAGAUUGCAUACAGAGGUGGUGCAACGAGAAAGGAAACACAACCUGCGAAAUUUGUCUCCAGAAGUAUGAACCCGGAUACACAGCACCUCCUCCAAAGAAGUCUGAGCUGGAUGAAUCAGCUGUAACCAUCAGAGAUAGCGUGCGGGUUCCUAGAAGAAGAGAGCAAGAUGAGGAAUCAGGAAGCUCCCCUACUGCUGAUCGAAGUGCCAAUUUUUGUCGAUCACUCGCUCUCCUCUUUACGGUGGUUUUGCUUGUGAGGCACCUCUUUGUGGUUCUUACCGGAAGCGACGAAGACUACCCUUUCGCCCUUGUUACUGUACUUAUUCUAAGAGCUAGCGGAAUUAUCCUACCUAUGUACAUAUUAUACCGAACAAUCACAGCGAUUCAGAACAGCAUCCGUCAACAGUAUCAGUAUCAUUAUCAGGAGGAGGACUCCGACGAUGAUGAGACGUCAAGUCUCGGAGAAGAUGACCACCACCAAGAAGAUGCUGAUCACCAUCAACAAAGUGCUGUUUAACCAACCCACAUGUAAUUUUUUCCCCUUUUCCAUCUUGUAAAGGAGCAUAUCACAUCAAUGCUCUCUCAUCUCAUGUCUUCACAUAUAAAUGAAAUGAAAUAUCGAUUCUUUUUUUCUUUC